CAUAAUUGUUUCCCCUUUAUUGCACUCUAAUCAUUUUCAGGUCAGCUCUAAAUUCAGAUGCUGACAGGAAUUCAUUUCCUGGUUAAGAACCUAACCACACCCUUAUUCCUUUGCUUAAGCAUUUACUCAUGCAGGUAACACUGUCAAGAGAUCCACCUGAGCCACAGCACUGAUUCUUAGUUAAAAUGUGAGUUAUUUGCCGAGACUGUCGAGAUCUGCUGAACCAGUCUCUUUAGCAGCGUGUUUCUUCUUCAUCUCUUUCAUUCUCAGACUCUGGAGAAUUUACUAGUGGAUGUUCUGUUGGGUACCAACACAACACUCCAGUGGAAAAGACUGAUCAUCUCUUGAGUGAAACCUUCAUGGCUGCUCGUAACAAUGGCAGUAAUAUUAGGACUGCUUGCAGCUUCAGCUGUGCUCCUUACUAAGGUAUCAAAUGCAGAAAUGUGCCUACACCUCCAUGCCGAAGAGCAACACACAGUCCAGGCAGGAAACAAUGUUUCACUUCCAUGUCACUUGCAAGCCAAAAAAAAAUUCACACUGACUGACCUUCACAUCCUGUGGGGAAAAGAAACUGCACAGAAUGAGUAUUCUGUCAUUGUGAAUUUCAAUGGUUCCACUGUCAACAAAUUCAGGCCUGGAGUGGAGAUGAGUGUCGAUGAUAUAAAAAAUGGGAAUGCCAGUCUGCUGCUUUCAGAUGUGAAGGUAAAUGACAGCGGCACAUACCUUUGUGAUGUGACAGUGAUACCAACAAACAGCAAAGCCAAGGUACUGCUGCAAGUGAUAGAUAAAGAAGAUGCUUGCAGGAAAAACAAAAGUAGUUUACCAUCACCAGUACUACCAGCAUCAUCAGAAAAGCUAAUUGAUGAAUAUGUACCACCAAGAUAUUCUUAUGGCCUAAUUACUGCUGUUGUUUUCCUAUUAAUAUUUGGUCUUAUAACAACGGGUUAUGUGCUUUAUCGAAAACAUAUGGAAGCAGUCGAUCGCCCUAGACCAACAAUGGUUCCUGUCUAUCAAGGCCCUUAAAAGGGGAAAACAGUGUGUGUGUGUGUGUGUGUGUGUGUGUGUGUGUGUGUGUGUGUGUGUGUGUGUGUGUGUGUGUGUGUGUGUGUGUGUGUGUGUGUGUCCAUGUUUGCAUCAUAGUGACACUGUGAAAUGUACAACUUUUAGUUUUUUCAGUACGACUAAAAUUUGGAUACUCAUCUGAUUUUGAAUAGGACAGCUUAACAUUUUGUCCAAUCUAAACAUCAUAUCCAGUCCAUUUAACAUCUGAUGUGUCAAAUCUUUUUGCCCCAUUUCAGCAUCACUCAUUCUAAACAAGUUUCCAAGAAAAUGUUUCAUAUCACAUAUUUAUGACAACAGAAUUCCCCCUCUGUUGUUGAGUUCUCUAUUAUUUUUCUCCCUUUUCUUAGCCAGUAAAAGAUAUGUUUUUUUUCAAAGUUAUGAAGAACCUUUUCCUUUCCUAUGAAUUGCUAUGAGGAACAGCUACUGUUAUUACUUAGUUUAUCAUGCAGCUACAGGUUUAGCCUCUGAACUUACGCUUUGUAUGCUGUGCUCAAAAUGACAUAUAAGCAUGCACAAAAUGUAGUGAUGCACAUACUGACAUGACAGUUCACAAUAAUUGUUCUAAUAACAGCACCCAUAAAUUGGAGUAAUUUGGUUAUGAGCAUGACAUGAUUUUGUUUAAAUAUACAACCUAAUAUACUAAUGCAACAUUUUAUAUUAUAACAGUUAUCCGUUUGCCAUUUGUUUUACUAUAGUGUUUCAAAAUGUCCCCUUGUAAUGUAUAUAAUACUAAUGCAAAUGAAUUGGUAUGGUGACCAUUUGUCAACAGUUGUACAUUAUAUACGAAAGGUGUUCUUAAUACCAACGAUCUGCAGUACAUAAGAUGGAGAAGGAAAUAUUGGAGAGCAGAAGUACAAUUAACAUGUUUGAUAUGACCUGUAAAAGUUUCUGUAGUGCAGAAAGAAAUUGUCAAGACCAUACCAGAGACUGUUAAAAUGCUCUGCAAAUUACACUUCCUCGAAGUUUCUUUUGUACUGAGCCAAUACGUAGGAUAUCUUUCUUGUAGCGAUGAAACUCCAUGUUAGUCAUCCUAAUAUCCACCACGAGGCUUUAUAAUUUCAUGUGACUUUAACAGUAUCACUUACAGUUCAUCCUGUUGCUACCCCCACCUCACACAUACACCAUGAUCUGAAGCAAUGUAUUGGAACUUGGCACUCCUGAUCUCCUAUCCAAUGUAAGAUCUUUCAGAGUUAGAAGUUAUAAUAUGUAAAGUGUAAGUAAAGAUUAUCUGCUUUGUUAGGCAAUGCAUUUAUAUUGCCAGAUUGAAUAACACUUUUGUUAAUAUUUUACAGUAAUUUUUUAUAAGACCAAUUGAUUACUGUUAAACAUAUUACUGUUUGCAAUUAAUGCAUUUUCAUCAUCAAAAGCAUGUUUCUCUUUUCUAUAUGAGCUUGGAUUGUCAUGUCAAUGUGCAGGUUGGGAGUUGGUAUAAUGGUUAAGGUGUUUAUCUUCUCAGAUACAAAGUAAAGUGUUCGAGUAUCACCUUUGAAAGGGAAAUUGGCUAGUCUUAAAAUGACCUCUAAGGUCAGCUAACGUAGUACUUACCUAUGGACCUAUGUCUUCACAUCACUCAGUUCACAUUCCCUCUCCUGUCAUCUUUCACAUGGGUCUAUAUCAAAACUUCGAAACUUCAAAAGAGCGAACGCUCUUACAUCGACACCAAAUAACUGAAACCACACAAUGAUGAACGUACAGAACAGUGAUUUUUUUUCCCAGGGAAAAAAAUCACUGCUCUAAAAAAUAAAAAAUAAAAAAAUAAACAAAAAAACAAAUCCAUAGACAAAGUAAAGUCCCCUGAUGAGGGGGCCUGUGCCCCCCCACACCCCCUACUUAAAUUUACCAACUCCAAGAUCGCACCUGGGGAAAAAAAUCUCUUUUCUGGACAUAGACAUUCUGUGGUUUUGCUUAUUUGCAGAUGUAAGAGCGUUCGCUCUUUUGAACUUUCAACUUACUAAUAUAGACCCCUUUCACAAUCAUGCCUGAGUGUUGCAGUUCCUUUCUUACAAUACACUUCAUCAAUCUUUUGGCUGAAUGUCCUUAUUUCUUUCUACCUUCUUAUUUCUAUUAAAUCUUCUUUAUUAGGCUGUUUCUGUUUUCUUCCAUGUAUAACCAAAUCACUGUAAUCCAUUCUAUUUGGCCUUCUCUGUAAUUUGGACUGUUUUGGCUUCUACUAAAAUGUCUUCAUUUCUGCAUAUGUUGCACAAUAUGCAUUGUACUACCUAUCUACUGCAAUUAUCUCCAUCACCUCUUGUUUCCACAGCUGCUCUGCUUUCACUGCCCAGGUUUCUGUACCAUACAGAAGCACUGCUCACAUCGCUGUUUUGUGCACCUUACUUUUGCGCUUCUCUGACAUUUUUCUGUCAUACACUACCCCUAACACUUUGCAUCAGGUGGCUGCGGCCCCUCUGAUUCUACAUUUGGCUUCAUCAUUCAUGCGUUUUGUUACACUUUAAUUGUUGGUGCUAUUUACCUAACUUGAAAAAAGCAUGCAUAUAAAGUCAGUGUUUGGUAGGCUCAUUUUUGUCAAAUAACUCUAUACAAUAUUUGCAAGUUUACAUAAUAAAUGACUGGAGAUAGUGCCAUUUUUUUUCAAAGCACAAUGCAGUCUAGUAUGCUUAUAUUCUGUUACUGGAUGCACCAAAAUUAUUUAAAUGUUGAAGCAUAUCUGUAGGUAUUCAUUAAAGUCUGUAUGGUAAUACUGGCA